AUGUGUGUUAACUUAUUACAGCUACGAUGCCCUAUGAAGUUCCAUUUAUUGCACGCGAGACACACGAGAUGACGGUUAAAAAAAAAAAAAGUCGCCGGCCGGUUAGCCACGUUACGCUGACGUUAGCUUCCCUUCAUUCAUUAACGUGCCGUCAGGUCGGUUGAACUUGAGAAUCCAGAAGCGGGAGAAGCCAUGGCCAUGGCCCUCGUGCCGCUGGACGAGCUGCAGGUGACGGAGCCGGGCCCCCCGGGGAAGGAGCACACGCUGCCUGCGCUGCACCCGGACAGGAAGGAGGAGCGCUGUUUUUUGCCUUACAAAUCGCCGCCGGAAAGCGGCUCCCCCGCCGAGGCGGAGGAGUUCCUUGAACACGCCAAGUUCAUCACGGAGGACCUGGAGUGGCUGCUCGCGCUGCCCCACGACAAGUUCUGGUGUCAGGUGGUGUUCGACGAGUCCCUGCAGAGGUGCCUCGACUCGUACCUGCACCACGCUCCGCGCGGCCUCGACCUCGCCGCCCCGGCCUCCUCCCCGGCGGUGGUCGCCGCGCAGCGCGGCGUCCACAGGGCGGUCUUCUUGGCCUUCCUCCGCAUGGCCACGCACAAAGAGUCCAAGGAGAACUUCAUCACCCCGGCUGUGUUUGGAGAAAUUAUCUAUGAGAACUUCCUGUUUGACAUUCCCAAAAUCCUGGAUCUGUGCGUGCUCUUUGGAAAGGGCAACAGUCAGCUGCUGCACAAGAUGAUCGACAACAUCUUUACGCAGCAGCCGUCUUACUACAUCGACUUGGAUGAGACGGUUCCCACUGUGUUGCAGGUGUUCGACACCAUCCUGGAUAAGUGUGGUCUCUACUGUGAGGGAGCCACGGCCAUGGAGCCCAUGAAGCUGAGCUCACACAAACAGCCCACUGCCAUGACCAUGAGCCAGCAGGACCUUGUGGACCUUGUUCUGUACCUGUGUGACUCCACCACCACCAUCCACGCCUUCCUGGACAUCUUCCCCGCCGCCUGCUCCAGCUUCCACUCCCACGGCUUCCUCGGCAGACUGAGCUCGUUCUAUGAGAGCGCCGUGCCCGACCUGGAGAAGGCGCUGAGGAAGAGAAACUUUGACGAUAAGCGAGUUCAGGAGGACCUGUGGAAGAGGCUGUCCCACUCCUGCCGGGAGAUAGUGGAGAUGGCUCACCUGCUGCUGCACCACACCUGCCUCCAGCCCAUCCUGGAGGGGGGGGAAAACACGCAAACGUUUGCAGAGGAACUCCUUCUGCUUUUCACAUCGUUUUUACCUGAGAAAAGGUUCUUGUCGGACUACGACGAGCAGUUCCCCAUCGCGGACGACAUCAGCCUCCUGCAGCAGGCCCUCCCCGUCAUGGAUGAGACCAGGACGUCCUACCUGCUGCAGGGGGUGCAGAGUGCCUGGGACAGCGUGGGGAGGCGGAGUCGGCACCGGGGGGCAGCGGCCCGCGCUGAAGGUGCUGCCUCCGCCUCCUCCGGCUUAGAGCUGCAGGAGGCUCGACCGCCACAAGGAGCAGAGGCCACGCCGGAUGCCCCCGGGAAGGGAAACAACGUGAGCGAGGCCGAGCAGGAGUCCCUGCUGUCGUGCAUCAGGGACCUGCUGCCCGAUCUGGGCGAAGGCUUCCUGCUGGCCUGCCUGCGCGAGUACAACUACAGCUCCGAGCUGGUCAUCAACAACAUCCUGGAGGGGCGGCUCACGCCCGGCCUGGACAGAAUGGACCGGGCGGCGCCGAGGCCAGUGAAGGAGGAGCUUCCAGAUGUUCUGGACGUCCGAUCCAACGUGUUUGACGAUGACGAGUUUGACGUUUUCCGCAGAGACCAGGUGGACAUGUCUCGCGUCUGGAAGGGCAGGAGGAAAGGCGAGAACGCGAGAGAGAUGCUGAACGACAAGCAGCACAUCGCGGAGCAGAAGGCCCGGUACCUGGCCUACGAGACGGUGGUGGACGAGGUGGUCCUCGAGCCGGGGGAAGACGGCGAGGCGUACGACCCGAACUACGACGACGAGUACGACGACACGUACGACGAGAGCCAAGUGGGAGCCAACGACCUGGAUGGAGACAGUCUGCUGAGCAGGAGACCUUUCACGGUUCCCCAGAUCCUGAGAAAAGUAAACAAACCAGAGCUGGAAGAAGAGGGUGAAGAUGACGAAGAGGAAGAGACACUACAGAACAACGUGAACAGGGACCAGUUCGUCCAGGACCCGGCGCUGCUGAGGGAGCGGGCCGAGGCCAGAAGAGCCGCCAUGCAUCAGAGGAGAGGGUUCCGCCCGGAGCCGCGUCCCAGCAACGUGGUGGGCCAACCCAAGGGCCAGGGCCAGAAGCAGGAGACGGUCCUGGACCGGCGCAAGAAGGAGGCCGCCAAGGGCCGCGGCGCCAACCACAACCGCCGCAACAUGGCCGACCGCAAGAGGAACAAAGGCAUGAUCCCGUCGUGACCUGCUGCCCACUGAGGAGCAACAGCACCCACCACCGGUACCCGGUACCUGGUACCCGGGUCGAGGCGGCGCCUUUGUCCCCAGAGUCAGAAGCCACAGAAGGUUUUGAGUUGUUGAUGAAAAGUUGCUUUGAUUUGCAGACGAGACCGAACUUCUGCUUUUAGUGAUCGGGCCCAAAAGAGGACAAAGAAUCAGAACUUUUUAUUUUAUUGCCAAGUAACAAAUCAGUUUAUUAUUAAGAUGUUUCUUUGACAUCAUCAAACAGACAACAUAGGGAAAAAAAGGAAGCAACAUCCAGGUUUUUUUUUUAGGUUUUUUUGGAGAGACUUGUGGUUCUUUCUGUAGCUGGAAGAACAAUAAACUGACCUGGACAUCAGCGCAGACUUGUUGCUCUCUACUCGUCGCGUACGAGUAACGCGUGGCGUUCAGGUGCACGUCGGCCUCCCGGUUCACGCCGCCGCCGCGCUUGUAAGCGAUAAAUAGCGCGUGCUGCACCGAGGCCUUUACAAAACCUCCAACACGUUGCCAUGCACAGACUAUUUUCUAUGAAGAGAACAGAUCUAUCGGAGCAUUUUGUAACAAAAUUAAUUUAAAAAAGCACAUGAAAUUGCUUUUUUGAAGUGAAUGUUGCAAAAUAAAAACGUGAGUACAACCACACUGGGUUUGACA